ACCUUGCUGGGUGGAGGUGUAUAGACUAGUGAGAGACAGUGUGGUGGUGGCUGUGGUUGAGUGAGGACGGACCAGCAGUACAGUGUGUUCCCUCAUAGCGGGCUGACUGUACAGGCAACAACUGGCGCCUGCGUAUAACAGUAUCUGAUCGCUGUUAUAUGUAAUUUUCAACCACAAAUCUCAUUGUCACUCCUUACAGAUCCUGUAAUAUUAUCAAAUGGAACCAAAAUCCUAUAGUUUUUCACAUAAGAAACCUGGAUAAGUGUCCUGUACAAAUUAAAGACGACUUUGAGGAUACGUUUUUUGAAGGAUGUAAUGGGACUUUCGCAGAGGUUUAUUCCCGUCUCCUGCCAGCACCUCCCCGUACUCUACCCAUCCCCUGGUACAGCUCAUGUGGUGGCGCAGCAGCAGCUCAAGGUGGUGGUGGAUGGCGAAGCUGCAACAAGCUAGCAGCCAUUACACCCCAUUAGGAGCACCGAUCCCUCCCCGGUUACUGAAUGUGAAGACGAUGAUGGCCAUAUUACUGUUGACGGUGUUGUUCAUCUGCCCUCUGGUUGAUGGAGCCCUGAAUCUGGUGGACGCGGUCAAGCUGAAGUCACUGAAGAGAGCCGCGAGGCUGCUACGUCAUGGUGCCAAUGUUAGCGCCACCGACAGUAUAGGGUGGACGGCACUGCACAACGCAGCAAACAUGGGACAAGAGGAGAUGGUGAGGCUACUGGUAGACUAUCACGCUCCACUCGAGACUCCAGACCCGAGUCAUGGUAAGACAGCGCUUCACAUGGCGGCUUACAGCGGGCAGGAGGAGGCAGUCCGGGCACUUCUCGAAGCUGGCGCCUCCGUCAACGUCACCGACAUACAAGGUCAGACGCCGCUACACCUGGCCGCCUGGCAGGGCCACUUGGAGGUAAUGUUGACGCUAAUUGACUAUGGUGCUGAUAUUGACGUCCAGGACAAACGAGGCAGCACCCCCGUGUUCCUCGCCACCAUAAGGAAGUUUGACCAGGAGGUGAAGGAGCUAUUAAUAUAUUGUCCAGACCUGAGGCUGCCUGAUAAUAGAGGGAGGACUGCGGUACAAUAUGCCCGGGAUACCAACCUCACCACCAUCCUCGACAUCUACAAAAGUCAUGCCAGUAAGCCAUGUAGCCGCAAUAGAUUCCAACACCUGGCCAAGAAGGUGCACGCUACUGAGAAAGGUAAAACAUGUCCACGGGGUGAGAGGCGGUACUUGGAUCAAGGGCCAGCAUACAGCUGGUGGCUGAGGGAGACACAGGCCGGGGACACGUUGGUCAUCCCAUGCCCGAGUGGUACCAAUGGCACUGCCACUUGGACAUGCAGCCAAGAUGGUUCCUGGGAGAGAACACCCGUACUCAACCAGUGUCAUGCGGUAAUCUUUGGGGGUUGGGAGGAGGCUAUGGAGGAGGGGAAGAACUUUACAGCAGCAGAGAUCUUAAACAGCAUGUCCCGUAGCCUGCACAACAUUUCCCUGGCCCCUGGAGACCUCCUCACCCUGGCCCAUAUCUUGAAGCGCCUCAGUGACAAGCACAAGAAGGACCUGGAACGCUCACACACCCUAAAGGAGGCCCUCAACUUGGCUAAGGUGUAUAUGGACGGGAUGAUGGUAGCAGCAAACAGCAUGUUAACUUGGCCGGAGAUAUGGUGGGGCCUCCCCAUGGAAGAGCGCGCCUCUACCUCAACACACUUACAGGCUUCCCUCACUUCUGCUGCUGUCAUCCUCGCCCACCGUCAUAAGGUCCCCAUCAGGAAAUUUACGAAGAACAAAUUAGAUGUGCAGGUGAUCCAGCAGCCACCGGCGUACUUCUCACAUGUGGAAGAGAGGAGGUAUACACAUCCUCACUACAACCUCACCUCCCUCACCCUCCCUUACAGAUUCUACAGAGGCUACGUAAGACGCCUCACCUCUGUUAAGGUGGUCUUUCUAUCCUACACUGACCUACACUGCACCUCCGGCACCCUCCCAUGUGACCAGGAUAAUGUCCAGGCGGAGCGUGACUUUCCGGCCAAGGAUCAGGUCAACAGUGCCAUAAUUGGUGCCAGCGUGGGAGACACUGGGACAUGGGUUGCAGCACUGGGGGAGGUGGUGGAAGUUCAGCUGGAGCACGUGUACAGCGGUGAGAAGUUUGAACUGGGGGAACCGACGUGUGUAUGGUGGGAUACACACACCAGCAUGUGGGCGAAGGACGGGUGUCACGUGGCUCACACCCACCCCACCUACACCAUGUGUCACUGUGACCACCUCACCAAUCUCGCUGUCAUCAUGGAUGUUAACGGCAUUCUAGAUACUACCGAUGUACUGUACUAUGUGAUGCGUUGUGUGACAAUCAUAGGGUGUGUGGUGUCGGUGGUGAGUCUGUCUCUGUGUGUGGUGUGCUUCUUGUCGUUCAAGGCGGUGCGAGGGAGGGCAAGCAGCGUGGUGCACGCCAACCUUUGUCUCUGUCUGCUGGGGUCUGAGCUCCUUGUGCUGGGUGGACUAGAUGCCACCCAUCGACCCCUCGUUUGCACCAUCGUCGCUGCCCUCCUUCAAUACCUUUUCCUCGCCACCUUCACCUGGAGUGCCAUCGAGGCCUUUCACAUGUACCUCAGCUUUGUCAAGAUGUGGAAGACGGGGAGCAUCCAGGUGAAGUACUACCUGUGUGUGGGCUACCUGGUGCCUUUAGUGUAUGUAUCCAUUACCUUCGCCCUCACACACGUCAUCGGCUACGACACAAAGCGGGAGUGUUGGCUGGCGCCUCGUGGACUGAUCUGGACCUUCGCUGCCCCGAUCACGGUCAUUCUCCUAGUGAAUCUGUCAGUCUUCGUGAUGACCAUAAGGGUCGUCUGGUUUGAGAAGACCCCCAAAAACCCUAGUCGGUGUGAGAAGAAACCUGGAGAUGCUAAAUGGCAUAACAGACGACCGGAGGACAGUGAGAGAGGUGAAAGGGGACCCGGUGAAACCAAAUGGCAUGAUAAUCGAUCUGGAAUUAUUAAGUGGCCCGAUAAUCGGUUUCUAGACAUUAGAGGGUUGGAAAAGCGAUCUGUAGACAAUAAACGGAUUGAUAAUCUAUCUGAAGAUACAAAAGGGUUGGAUAAUCAAUCUGGAGAUAUUAAGUUGCCCAAUGAUCAACCUGAGGAUAGUAAAGGGCUGGAUAAUCAACCUGAUAACAAUCAUCCUGAAGACACUGUGACUAAAGGGUUAGAUAAUCAACCUGAAGACACUAAAGGGUUGGACAAUCAAUCUGGAAGCAUUAAAUGGCCUAAAAAUCAACCUGAAGACACUAAAGGGAUAGAAAAUCGUUCUAUAGGCAUUAAAGGGCUCGAUAAUCGGCCUGAAGACACGAAAAGGCUAGAAAAUCGAUGUAUAGGCAUUAAAGGACUCGGCAAUCGACCUGGAGACACUAAAGGGCGGGAAAAUCGAUCUAGAGAUAUAAAGUGGCGUGACAGUAAACCUGAAGAAUCACAGUGUUCGGAAAUUCGACCUGGAGACUCUGAGGGGUCUGAGAAGCGAUCUGAGUCUAGUAAGGGGCCUAGAAAGCGACCUGGACAGAGCAAGUAUAGUGAUGGUCCACCUGGAGAUACCACGAGCAGGGCUGAGCUGGGCAAGAAGUUCUGCAGCUCGUUCAUGGUCCUACUCCUCCUGUGCUUCACGUGGCUCACUGGGUUCCUCUACUUCUCAAAAGGUACUCACGUGGUGGCUGUUAUCUUCACGCUGCUUAACUCCUUGCAGGGGGUUGGCAUGCUCCUCUUACACAUCGUUAUGAAUGAACACAUCAUGAACGAAGUGAAAAGUGUUCUCAAAUAAAAAUACAAAAAUCCAGAGGUUCCAUGAGGCUGUGAUCCAUCAACACCAGCAAGAGCGAAAAAUUGCAACUCACGUCAACAAGACCUGCUGCACCUUUUUGUUCAGGGAAGACAUAAGGUCAUAUGUGUUCUGUCUUUUAAGUCUACAUGUCGCACUUAAAGCAGCGCUACAUUUCUGCUCGUAGAGUUAUCUCUUAGCUCCAUAAAUUACAUAAUACAGUACAGUAUUAUGAUUUUCUCAGCUUAGUUAAUAUUGCACUUGCUCUAUGACUCGCUGUCUUUCUAAGGAGAGGGAAACCGUCUACCCUCAUACGGAAUAAAUAUUUGAAAGAUUCGGAAUAGAUGUGAUGCUGAUAUAGUGUGUGUUAUGUGUUGUUAACUUGACUUAUUCGGUCGGACAAUUUGCGUCAGAAAUAGACCGUUCCAGCUUCAGUGUGGAAGCACCCUAAAGCGACCAGAUUUUCUAGAGUUACCGUAAAAAGUGGGACAUCUUUUGAAUAAUGCAAAGAGAAAAUGACCCUCGCUUACCUUCGAUACUGGUAUCAAAUAGGUUGUCGCCACAAAAUAAUAUUUAUCGACUGCACAAAAAUAACUUACUCACCAUUUUACUAUCGUGCUGUUAAUUAUGACAGUAUUAUAAUGUAAUGAACGGCAAUACAGGUCAAUUUAUAUUACAUCUUCAAUGAGAAUAUGGUUAUCAACUUAUUUAUUUGAAUGUCCAUGUAUGAAAAUGAAAGGUAUAAUAUGAAAGUAGGGCUUGACUAUAUUGUAUACGAGUAUUAUUAUUCUUACCAUAAUGAACAGAUAUAUUACUUAAGAGUUCAAAAUCAUAAUGUGCCUUUUAUAUUUACGGAUCUUUGCACUACGGCAGCAGGUACUAAUUUUUAUAAAGGGACAUUUAAGUUCUCUACCCUCCAAAACAGACCAUUUUUGCUUCUCAUAAAGUUUCGUAGGGGGGGGGGGGCAGUGAGACAUACAAAUCAAAGGCGGAACAGUUUCAUUAUAGGUCUGAGUGGAAAUGACAGAUCACAGAAGCAGCUGCGAUUUACUUUGUAAUGUACAGUAGUUGACAUUCUUCAAUUUAUUAUUAUUGUAGGGUCAUUCGGCUGUAGUUUAGUAAUGUGGGUAAUUAAGAUAUGGGCUAAACCAAACAUGGGUGAUUUGAUCUCAUUUUGGAGGGCAAAAAAAGACAGGAAAGUUUGAUUCCAUCAAGUUAAGUCAGAAACGAUAUGGCUUGCUUCCUUCUGGAUCAAGCCAGACCGAAGGUAGUUUGGGCCCUUUUUCAGGGCUAAGCUAAAUUUGAGGUAGUUUGAUCCCUUUGGAUUUUAGUCAGACACUGGGUGGUUUGAUUCAUCUGGGUUUAAACCAGAAAUGGGCUGCCUUGAGCCUUCCUCUCAUCUACCCUGUUAUUGAUAUUGAUACAGUUUAUUUAGCCAAAAGAACACAGAUACAGAGUCAAUAAAAAUCAUAGUAUUAACAUGCUGAAGUGAUUUGCACUAAUACUGAAGCUUAUAAAAAUGGGCUUCAACAUGUUGGCAUUGAUGAAACUAUAACUGUGAUAUUUACACAUUAUCUAACAAACUCUUCCAAUCUGCAUGAGGCAAUGAGCAAGUGGUGCAAGAGGGCUGUCAGCUAAGUGAUAUAUGGGACUGACAUAUGGUAAUAUGUGGGGUUGUCAGCUGGUGAUAUGAGUGGCUGUCAGCUGGUGAUAUGCGGGGUUGUCAGCUGGUAAUAUAUAGGGUUGUCAGCUGGUGAUACAGAAGAUUUCAGGAUUGUGAUACAUUAGGCUGCCAGCUGGUGACAGGAUUGUCAGCUGGUGAUACAGGGACUAUCAGCUAAGAUUACCUGUCAGCUAAGAUUACGGGGCUGUCAGUUGGUCAUGUGUAGGGCUGCCAGCUGUACAGUACUGUAUAUAGGCAGAUGAGUAUUGACUAAAGAGUGGAACUCUCAACCAGAUACUCAUCUAUUAAAAUAUUAUGUAUUU